AUGGUUGAUGAUUCACCUUCUUCACCUUCACCUUCAUCUCCACCACAAUCAUUGACUUGUUCAAGUGAUGAAGAAAAGAGAGGAAAGAAAAGAGAAAGAGAUAGUAACAAAAACACAAACACUAAUCACCCGGUUUACAGAGGAGUCAGAAUGCGAGCAUGGGGAAAAUGGGUUUCUGAAAUCAGAGAACCAAAGAAGAAAAACCGAAUCUGGCUUGGAACAUUCCAAACAGCCGAAAUGGCGGCGCGUGCACACGACGCAGCAGCACUAACCUUAAAAGGCUCAUCCGCAUUCCUUAACUUCCCCGAACUCUCAGCUUCACUUCCUAAACCCGCUUCCAACUCACCAAAAGAUGUUCAAGCCGCCGCCGCCAGAGCCGCUCUUAUGGUCCCUCCACCGCCUCUCUCACCGGAACCUUCUUCCUCCUCCACCUCCACCACCACUACCACAUCCUCCUCAUCUUUAUCAUCUUCUCAUUCGAUGCCGGAAGAUCUCGUUGAGAUUGUUGAACUACCGCGACUAGGAACAUGUUUUGAAACACUUGACCCGAGUAACGAGUUAGUGUUUUUUGACUCACUUGAUUAUUCAGAAUCAUGGUAUCAUGGCAUUUAUGACGAUGAAGAAGAGAAUGGUUAUGGUAGUGGAUGCAACUUCAACAUGAUAUCAAUGCAUGACCCAGAAAACACGGUUCUUUCAUUGUGGUCUUGA